AUGGGCAGCUCACUCUCAUCUCCGAGCAUCCCGCUCGGGCUGCUCGUUUUGUAUAUCCUCCACCGUUUUUUCUCCAAAAGUUCUUGUCUAGCGCUCCCCCCAGGUCCAAAGCCGAAACCCCUCAUUGGAAACUUGCGAGAUCUCCCCCCGCCAGGAAAACAAGACUGGGUACAUUGGGGAAGAUUCAAAGACCUAUACGGACCCAUUAGUUCGAUUACAAUCUUCGGGGAGACUAUCGUCAUACUCAAUGACUCGCGCAUCGCCUUUGAUCUUCUGGAGAAGCGAUCGACCAUUUACUCCUCCAGACCAAAGAUGACAUUUGCAGGUGAAAUGGUUGGCUGGGAGCAUAUCCUCGCAAUGCAGACGUACUCCGAUACCUUUCGCGCAUACCGCAAGGCGAUGCAUCGUGUGCUUGGGACGAAGAAUGUCAUUUCGCAGUUUAACGAGCUGCAAGACGUUGAGGUUCGACGGUUCCUACUACGCGUGCUAGAUAAGCCCGGGGAUCUGGUUCAGCAUAUUCGAACUGAAACCGGCGCCGUAAUUCUGAAGAUUGCAUACGGGUACGAUAUCGAUCCUCACGGGCGAGACCCGCUCGUCGCGCUCGCCAACGAGGCUCUUGAGAAUUUCUCCGUCGCAGGGACGCCGGGGGCUUGGAUAGUUGAUACCAUUCCACUAUUAAAACAUCUACCCAACUGGUUUCCCGGCGCCGGGUUCAAGAGAACAGCCGCUGCAUGGAGAAAAAACCUGCUCACUACAAUCGAAGAGCCCUACCGACUGGUCCUCAAGCAGAUGGCAGAAGGAAAAUAUCCAGAUUCAUACCUCUCAAACCUACUUGAACAGGCGCAAGGUCGCACUCUCACCGUAGAGGAGGAACAGGUGAUCAAAUGGACGGCGGGGUCUCUGUAUACUGGAGGCGCUGAUACGACCGUCUCAACCCUCUCCUGCUUCUUCCUUGCAAUGGCGCUAUAUCCCGAAGUUCAGACGAAGGCACAAGAAGAACUAGACCGCGUCCUCGGCUCAAACAAGCUUCCAACCUUCGAAGACCGUCAUAGCCUCCCAUACAUUGACGCCAUCGUCAAGGAGUCUCUCCGCUGGCAUCCCGUCGCCCCAAUGGGCAUUCCACACAUGUGCAGCGAGGAUGAUGUCUACAAGGGAUACCGUAUCCCGAAGGGAUCACUGGUGAUGCCGAAUAUAUGGGAAUUCACCCACGACCCGGAAACCUACAAGGACCCCAGAACAUUCAACCCAUCACGUUUCCUAUCCCCAACCCCCGAAAUGGACCCACGCAACUUAUCCUUUGGCUUCGGGCGCCGGAUCUGUCCUGGUCGAUUACUCGCAGACUCGACUAUCUUCAUGACAAUCGCAAAGUCACUUGCGGUCUUUGAUAUCCAGCCUGAUGGCGAGGACAGUGUGGGGGAGGAGUUUCUGCCGGGCGUUAUUAGCCACCCAGCGCCGUUUAGACUGAGAAUUACGCCGAGGAGUGAGGUUGCUGAGGGGCUUGUAAGGGCUGUUGAGAGAGAGGUUCCGUGGGGGAAGGGGGACAGGGAGCUGAUUGAAGGUGUGAAUGUUGAGGUCUAG